CAUUUAUGGGAGAUGAUUAAAAAAAAUAUGACUUGUGCUUUUAACUAAUGUUCUCAGUCGUGUUAAAACAUUUAGGUAAGGCUCUUGUGAGCAAUUAAUUGAAAAAUAUGUUGAAUUUUAUAAUCGAUGUUUUAAGUCAGAAAACAAUUGUGUCAGCCAUAGCCGUUUACUUAAUUUAUGUUUAUACUACAUGGAGUUUUAGUUACUGGGCUAAAUUAGGUGUAAAAUGUCCGUGGUCACCAGUUCCUUUAUUUGGACACUUUAUCAAAUCAAUUUUAGGUUUACAGCAUACUAUGGAGGUGUUUGAUACAAUCUAUCAGAAAAUGGGCGAUGAACCAUUUAUUGGUGUUUAUACAUUGAGAAUCCCUCAGCUGAUGAUUAAAGAUCCGGAAAUCGUAGGUCGAGUUCUGAUUAAAGAUUUCCAACACUUUACCGACCGAGGAAUUUACGCUGAUGUUCAUACUAAUCCAUUGAAUAACAAUAUAUUUUUUACGAGUGGUGAACGAUGGAGAACUAUGCGAAAAAAACUCAGUCCAACCUUCACGUUAAAUAAACUGAAGCACAUGAUUGAACAAAUCAAAGAAUGUAGCGAUAGCUUGUUAAUGACCCUUAGACAAACUAUGACGGAAGAGAAGUGUGGGAAAAUAGAAAUCCGUGAGAUGAUGGCCAAGUAUUCUACCGACGUAAUUGGCAGUUGUGCUUUUGGUCUUAAGUUAGAUGCUAUUAAUGAUCCAAAAUCGGAGUUUCGCAAACACGGAAAAGCCGUGUGUACACCUUCGAUCUAUACACAGAUAUGGUUGGCUAUUAUCUUUAUACAGCCAUCUAUAUUGCGUAUGUUUCGGUUAAACAAUUACUCGAAAAAAAACAUUACAUUUUUCCAAGACGUUUUCCAGGAAACAAUUAGAAAAAGGGAAUUAUAUGGUGACAAACGCAAAGACUAUGUAUACAGAUUGAUGAAGGCCAGAAAAGAAUUAGUUUUGAAUCCGGAUACUAAUUUAAGAGAAAAGUUUACAGAGACAGAUAUUGUGGCAAACGCAUAUAUUUUAUUUCUCGCCGGUUUUGAAACUGUAUCUACUACUAUUAGCUUAUGCUUGUAUGAAAUGGCUUUAAAUAAAGAUGUCCAGAGGAAGGUACGAGAAGAAAUAAUGCAAAUUCAAUCUAAAAACGGAGGGAAUAUGGACAGUGAUAGCUUAAACAGUUUACAUUAUACGAGUAUGGUUAUAAAAGAAACUUUGCGGAAAUAUCCACCACUUAUAGCAUUAAAUAGAGAAGUCACUGAACCUUACUUAUUACCAGGUACAAAUAUAACGUUAGAAAAAGGAAUGAAAAUAAUUAUACCUAUUAACUCAAUUCACUACGAUCCGCUGUAUUUUCCUAAUCCUUUUGAUUUCAAUCCUGAACGAUUUUCAGAAGAGAAUAUAGGCAAACUUAGACAAAACACUUACAUCCCCUUUGGAGAUGGUCCUCGAAUAUGUAUAGGUAAAAGGUUUGCAGAGUACGAAAUAAAAUUAGCUCUGUCGGAAGUGCUGAUUAACUAUGAAGUAUUACCAUGCGAAAAAACAAAAGUACCUGUUCAAUUUGUCAUUGGGACAUUUGUUAACCAACCCAAAAGCGUUUGGCUUAAAUUUAAAUCAAUAAAUGGGAUAGAUUUAAGAAUAUUCUUUAGUAUUGUUUCAAUAUACAUAUUUUGUCAAUCAUUUAAAUUAUUCAUCAACGUAAUCAAUUGGUCAGUAAUCGCUCGUUGUUCUUUUAGUACACUAUGUUUAAAAAUGUUUAAAGUCGUUAUCGAGUGUUUUGAUUUAAAAUUUACAUUUCUGGCAAUAGUUUUGGGAGUUUUGUACAGUUAUUCUACUUGGUAUUAUAACUAUUGGUUAAAGUUGAAUAUAAAAUGUCUGAGACCUCCUAUCCCACUAUUUGGUCACUUUUUCUAUUCCAUUAUCGGGCGAAAACAUACGAUGGAUAUCAUAGAUAAUAUUUAUCAGAAAAUGGGUGACGAACCAUUUGUAGGCAUGUACAAUAUGCGUACUCCAGAACUUUUAAUAAAAGAUACAGAACUUAUAGGUCAAGUGCUAAUAAAAAAUUUUAAUAAUUUUACUGAUCGUGGAAUUUAUUACGACGCCCAUGUCAAUCCUUUGCAUAACAACAUAUUUCAUAUUGGAGGAGAAAAAUGGAGAACCAUGCGUCAAAAACUGAGUCCUACUUUUACUACUAAUAAGCUUAAAAACAUGAUUGAUCAAAUUAAAGAGUGCAGUGAUAGUUUGUUAAGUACAAUUGGCCAAUUGGUCACAAAAGAAUCUGGACUUAUAGAAAUCCGAGAUCUGAUGGGUAAAUAUUCUAUCGAUGUGAUAGGAAGUUGUGCUUUUGGAUUGAAAUUGGACGCUAUUAAUGAUCCCAAAUCAGAGUUUCGGAAGUAUGGUAAAGCUGUAUUCACACCGUCUUAUUGGAGUCUACUCAGAAAUGCUGUUAUAUUCACGCAACCAUCAUUAGCCAGUAUCCUUCAAAUGAAUAAUUACCCCUUUAAAAAUAUUUUAUUUUUUCGCAAUGCUUUUGAACAGACUAUUCGUGCUCGAGAACAAAGUGGCAUUGAUCGUAAAGAUUUAGUACAACAGCUAAUGAAAGCUAGAAAUGAUUUAGUGAUCAACCCAGCAUUAAGAUAUAAAGACAAAUACUCAGAAUUAGAUAUUGUUGCUAACGCACACAUACUAUUUGUCGCCGGAUUCGAGACUGUGUCUACAUCAAUGAGCUUUUGUUUAUAUGAACUUGCUUUAAGAAAAGACAUUCAAGACAAAGUAAGAAAUGAAAUCCUCAAAGUUAAAUCUGAAAAUAAUAACGGUGAAUUAAAUAGUGAUUGUUUAGGAAAACUUCAUUAUUUACAUAUGGUUAUUAAAGAAACUUUGAGGAAAUACCCUCCACUUGCAGUAUUGAAUAGACAAGUAACACAAGCAUACACGUUGCCUGGAACAAGUAUAACUUUAACACCGGGAACAAAAAUUAUUAUCCCUGUAAGAUCUAUUCAUUAUAAUCCAAAGUAUUAUCCAAAUCCAACAGAAUUUGAUCCCGAACGUUUUUCUGAUGAAAACAUUGAUAAAGUUCAUCCUAACAUUUACAUGCCUUUCGGAAGUGGACCACGAUUAUGCAUUGCUAAAAGGUUUGCUGAGAUGGAAAUGAAAUUAGCAUUAUCAGAAGUAUUAAUCAACUAUGAAGUUUUACCAUGCAAAAAAACACAAAUACCCAUUAAAUAUAUUAUUGGAAGUUUUGUAAGUGCUCCUGAAAGUAUUUGGCUCAAGUUUAGAUCAAAAAAUAUUUAAACAAAGUUUUAUCAGUAAAAAAUUAGUCUUAAAAAAACUCACUUAGAUGAAUUAUGUUUUUUAAAUUUAUACAAAACUUUUUAUUAUUGAAAAAAAUAUGUAUAUAUAAUAAAUAACUACAUUUAUUUUAUAAAUUAAUAGAUUAAUUAUAAAAACGUG